UAAUAUUAAACGUAACGUAUAAUUUGCAUGAAGAAUUCAAAAUGUUUCUUACGACAUUAAUUAUAACCACUUUAUUAACUUCGUAUGUAGUUAGUGACACCUGUGUGACGUACAAUUUUGAAGAAAACUUCGAUGAUAUAGUAGGUAGCUACGGCAUUUGUAGCGGCAUCCCUGCAUGGGUUCUUGACGAGUACAGCAGAGUGAGUUUAAACAGUCCAGAUGAGCGUAGCACCAAGUUUAUUACACCCACACGUGCUAGUACUGCAAGUUGUUGGUCAUCGUUCGUAUUUACUGUUGACCCGGGUAGUAAACUUCAACUUAAAACGUAUAUGGAUUUAGAAGACAGAGAUGGUGGUAACAUAAAUGUUUUCGUCGUCGUAGAUGGUACUGGUAUAAUGGUAGGAAUGGAUGCCGUAAACUCUGCUAAUAUAAAAGGGUGGUACACGUGGGACGUACCAUUGUUUCCUUCAGUUUCAACUCAAGUAUAUAUAUCCAUUAUGGGCAUGACAUCAGCUAGUUCUACAGUUUUAGUUGAUUCAUUCCGCUACAUACCACCUGGUACGAGUGAAAGUUCUUGCCAAAUUUACUAGGUAAUAUCUACCGACAAACAUCAACUAGUGACUACAGCUGAACCAAUAACUACUCCAGAACCAGCAACUACUCUUUAACCAACUGCUCCAGAACCAACGACAACUCUGUGGCCAACACCUCUAACGUUUCUACAGUAACUAGCCCGGAGUCAAUGACCGCAUAUCCUCGUGUUAGACCACCUACUGAUGCGAAAGCUACCAGACGGUUUUGGACCAAAAUAAUAAUUGCGUUAAUAAUUCUUUUAAAUCUGAUUGUGUUAGUUUUAACAUGUAUUAUAUUUUAUGAACUCGAACGAAAACAGGCUGUAGUACCUUCUAAUACGGACUUUGAGAAUACACCACAAUGAUUAAUUCUGUGUAUACGACUAUAAAUCCAAUAGGAGUAAUGAAAAACUUAAUCAUGUUUGCAUGUCAAUAGAAAAUAUGCCUUUUCUAUAUUAUAGAAGUAAAAUGUUUUAUCAAUUGUU